AUCUCCUGGUAUGCACAGAGUGUGUGUAUGCACCAUACACCAAAAUGUCAUCCUGUUAUUACGUGCCGCACAGAUUAAAGAAACAUAUUCGGAUAUAAUUAAAAUGACAGUAUGCAGUCUCAGUAACAGGCAGUGUAUGUUGGGGCAAUGUGACAAAUGUCCAAAAGAAAGUAAUUUAGUUGAAUGGUUGGAAGAAAGACUCCAGUGUCAAGAGGAAGUGCGUUUCAAACAGUGGGUUAACACAGAUAGAACAGACCUUAUUGAUAAUACCCUUAAUGUAGAAGAAUUCAUCGAAUAUUUAGUGGAAAAAAUUUUGGCUCUAGCACCUCACUCAUACAUUUCGAAGGCCCAAUCAAAUUAUUUCAAAAACCGAAAAUUAAAUAUGGAACAAACAACAGCUCUCAUACUGAUGGAUUUCAGCGAAAAUGAUCGUUUUCGAUUUCAAAAUGAAGCGCAAGGAUACCACUGGACACAAAAUCAUUGCACCGUUCAUCCAGUGGUGUGUUACUACAAAGAUGAGAUACCGAAACAUAUCAGUAUGUGCUUUAUUUCUGAAGACCUCCAACAUGAUGUUGGUAUGGUGUACCUUAUUCAAAAAAAAAAUCGAUCGAAUUCUUAAAAGAUAAAAUACCCAACCUCUCUUCAGUUGAGUAUUUUAGUGAUGGGUGUGCUGCCCAGUAUAAAAACUGCAAAAAUUUUUUUAAUUUUGCCAACAUCACAAAGAUUUUAACAUCAAAGCCUCAUGGUCUUUUUUUGCCACUAAUCAUGGUAAGUCCGCUUGUGAUGGUCUUGGUGGUACCAUCAAACGCACAACUGCUUUAAAAAAUAUCAGAAGUGAACCAGAACAUCAGAUUGAUGAUGUUUCUAAAAUGAUGGAAUUCUGUAAAAGACAUAUGCCAUCGAUUCACUUUUUUCACUUUCUUUCUGAAGAUUUAAAAUUAUCGAGGUCCAAACUGCAAACUCGGAUCGGGGCUUCGACCAUCAAAGGAACCAGAACAUUCCACAAUUUUACACCACUCUCAAGUUAUCAAAUAGGAAUGAAAAGGAUUAGUAAAGAUUAUGAAUACAGCUUAAUUUGGAACUUUAACAAAAAUGUAACACCUAGAAACAAUUUUAAUGUUGGGAAAUAUGUAUGUUGUGUUUAUGACGAAAAAUGGUAUAUAGGAAUGGUUUCAGAGGUGGAUGAAGCCCAAGGUGAUUUGAAUGUCGAUUUUUUUUCCAUCCAGCUGGACCGGCUGUUUCAUUUUACUGGCCAACCAAUAAUGACAGAUGCUGGGUUCCCUUUGAAAAUGUGAUCUGCACAAUAGAAUGCCCCAUAUUACAAACAACUAGGGGACAGUAUCAACUAACAGAACAAUCGUCUUCCCUUAUAUCAACUGUUUGGCAUGAAAAAUUCCCGCAAAAACGACCCAACAGAGAAUAAUUUAAAUGUUUUACACUGUUUCAUGCAUUUUGAGCUGGUGGGUGAAGCAAAACGUGUAUAACUAAUAGUAAAUUCUUUCUUUCUUCUGUUAAAAUUUUAUUUUGAAAUGUUGUAAAAUUGUAAUAUUGGAUGGUUUGUUUUUUGGGCCCAGCAGUAAUUUGGGUAUUCCUUGUUCAUAUUCCCAACUGUGUGUGAUUCUCAAUUAAUUAUUGCCUGUUAUUUGAUAUGGUAAUAUGUUUAUUAUGUUAUUUAAUAAAAAACUAUGUUCAGUUCCAAUUGAUUGGGCAUCUGAUUCAUAAAUGUGUUAUGUUUAUUGUGGUAUCACCUUUCACCAUUAUGACGUCAUAGAGAAAAUAUCACUUUAUAUAACAUUUUGACCUAGAAUUUGAACACGACUUUGACAGAGCAAAAAUAGGUUCUAUUUUUUAAAAUACAAAAUGAAAUUUUUACACAGACUUGCAUUGUUACCAAGCUUUCAGAAAAUAUUCAUUUUAUCAAAAACAAAACUUACCCAUUUUUGUAAUUUGAAGAUGAAGUCUUCGUCGCGCAUGACUGAUUCUGAAGGCUGUUUUGAGUUUAAAUCAGGAAUUUUAGGAGGUUCGGAACGUGAAAAAAUAAUUUUUUGUUACCCUUCUGAGGCGCAAUUGUAUUUUCUUCAACAGCACCAAAAAUUGAGUAUAAUAAUGAAAAAAUAAUCUAAAAAAAGCACAUAAAUGUUUAAUAAUUGAUUUUAUAAAACCUUCAAAAGAUUGUCUCGUUCAUAAAUAAUGGCAAUCUUCAAAAUGCUCUAACUUCUCUAAUACUUGACGAAAUUUGUUCAAAUUUUUUUUAUAUUGCUUGUUGGAAGUUAUUCUGGAUAUAUGCGAAGCAUAAAUAAAAUCUGUGAUAGUGGGUGGAAUGGCUUGGAGAUCUGACAAGGAAUUGGCCACGUUAGAAGUGAUUUUUAGCACUGCAUUUUGCAAGCAAUGUUCUACAAAUAUGCAAUGUAUGCAUAUUGCUUGCUAAUAUUUUCUUAUAAAUAGAUAGUUUCAGUAUGUAGUUUAUUUCAUAUUUUUGUUACUCAUUUUCUAUUUUAUCAUGAGUUUUUAGUUAGUAACCUUAGUGUGUGGAUAUUAUUGCAAUAAUAUAUUUUUGCUCUUUUUCUACCAAUAAUUGUUAUUUUGAUGAAAUUUGCAGCCACUGUACUGUGUUUAUGCCGCAACAUAGGACAUGAGCAUAAUUUAACUUUCUUUCUAUCACUUAUUUCAACUUUGCUCAAGGUAUUUCUUUCAAACGAUGUGUCCUAUAGCUUUCUACUUAUUCGGAUUUGUGCUAUACACAUCCAAGAAUUCCAUAGGCCCACACAGUAUUUGCAGUAUUCAAAAUCGGCUUCAUUUAUAUAUUAAUUCUGGUGAUCUCUCAAUAAAUCCUAAUUGGAUACCAACAUGUGGUUCAAAGUUUCAUCAACCAAAGACGGAAGAAGUUGUCAGAAGUUUAUUGCAUUCAUGUACUUCAUAUUUGCUGUUUUUGUUGAAUUGCCUUCAAAGUACUGCCCGAUUGUAAAUCGUGUUUUUCUGUGUUUGUUUUAUUAUUAUUUUUUUUUGGGGAGCAGGCACGUACAUUGUACGCUUUUUAUCUUUAUUUUGAGUUAUGCCCGUCUCCCAGGUAUUUCUGCAUUUUGUUAUGUUCGUUUACUUUUUCUUUUAUUUAUGUCAGAGAACCAAAAUAAAUGAUUGAUUGUUAUAUUAUUCUUUCUGAAAUUAAUCAGAAUGUGAUUGUUUUACAAAAUUAAAUUAUCGAAACCAAAAUUUAUACUAACACUUGAUGUUUUUAUUUGGUCAAAAACCUAAUUCAUAACCUCUAUGAUAACAUUGAAAUAUGAAUCUGGCAAAAAUAAUAAAAUAAAUAAAAGGCUUCCAGUACUUGCUGAUAUUGAGUGCAUUGUCAUAUCUUUGGAACCUACUGCAAUAAUUGAAUAAAGAUGUCCGCGAAAGCCGAGCCAGUUUAUUGUCUUGGGGAACAGACUCUUCCAGUUCCUAUGAGUUUAUUUGCACACAACAGAAAACGUCUCUGUAAAGCAUUAAAAGGAAAUUCUGAUGUUUCAGAAAAAUCUAUCGUAUUGCUGCAAGGUGGCGAUGAGAUUUCACAAGAUUCCACUGAUGUAGAUCUCAUAUUUAGACAAGAAUCCUAUUUCCAAUGGUGUUUCGGUGUUACUGAGCCUGGCUGUUAUGGGGUGAUUGACAUUGACAGUGGCAAAGCGACAUUGUUUAUGCCGAAACUUCCAGAUUCCUACAAAGUGUGGCUGGGUGAAAUUUACUCUCUUGGACAUUUCAAGGCUAAAUAUGCGGUGGAGGAUGUUCAAUAUACAGCAGAUGUAGCAGAAAUUCUGAAAGCAGCAAGCCCUUCAACAUUACUGACACUGAGAGGGCUCAAUACUGAUAGCGGUAAAAUGACAAAAGAAGCCGUUUUUGAUGGAAUCAGUGGAUUCAAAGUGAACAACACUUUGCUCCAUAAGGAAAUAACAGCUCUCAGAGUUAUCAAGUCAGCUCAGGAAUUGGAAGUUCUGAGAUAUGUAAACAAAGUCAGUAGUGAAGCACAUAUGGAAUUGAUGAGAAGAAUUAGACCGGGAUGGAUGGAAUAUCAAGCAGAGAGUUUGUUCAAACAUCAUGUUUACUUGCAUGGGGGUUGUCGUCAUGUUGCCUAUACCUGCAUUGGUGCUACUGGAGAAAAUUGCGCGAUCUUGCAUUAUGGACAUGCUGGUGCACCAAAUGAUAAGAAAAUAAAUAAUGGGGAUAUGUGUUUGUUUGAUAUGGGAGGAGAAUACUAUUGUUAUGCAAGUGACAUAACUUGCUCUUAUCCAGUUAAUGGCAAAUUUACUGAUGACCAGAAGAAAAUAUACAAUGCAGUGUUGAAGGCAUCCAGAGCUGUGCUUAAGGCUUUAAAACCAGGCGUGUCAUGGGUUGAUAUGCAUCUUCUGGCUGAUAGAGUUCAAUUGGAGGAACUCGUCAAAAUGGGACUGAUUCAUGGAGAUGUUGAACAAAUGAUGAAAGUUCGACUUGGAAGUUUGUUUAUGCCUCAUGGACUUGGGCAUCUAAUGGGACAUGAUGUACAUGAUGUUGGCGGUUACCUAGAGGGUACACCAGAGCGUAGAACUGAGCCAGGCCUGAGAAGUUUAAGAACUGCAAGGACAAUGGAGGAAGGCAUGGUUCUUACUGUUGAACCAGGAAUAUAUUUCAAUUGGGCGGUCAUGUCAGAAGCUUUUGAUAAUCCUGAUUGGUCAUGCUUUCUGAACAGAGAGGCAAUUGAAAGAUUUCAGAAUUUUGGUGGUGUUCGAAUUGAAGAUGAUGUUGCUAUAACUGCUGAUGGAAUGGAAAUGUUAACUUGUGUACCACGAGAUGUUGAAGAAAUAGAGAAGCUAAUGGAAGAAGGUCGCACUAAAUAUGAAAAAUCACUCGAAUUGGGCUCGCUCGUUCCAGCUAAAUAAUGUUUAUUAUAGGAACUAUAUAUAUUUCGGCAUCAAUUCUGUAUUAUAAAGUGAUUUAUCGUAAUUCAUCACUGAUGACAUAGGGUCUCUGUCCUAUUACAUUAAGUUCAUUUCUGAUUUUUCAACCUUAAAUUCUAUGAUGGUAUUUUGCCAAAUUGAUAACUUUGCUUGUGAUGAUUGGUAUUAUUCUGUGCAAUAAUUUUUUCUGCGGAUGUCAUAUUUUGUUACUGAUAAUUUCCGCUUUAACAUGCUAUUGAACUAAUUUUUGUGAUUUGGAAUAAAAAUUAAAAUUUCUAAUGUA